GUGGGUGUUGCGAGUGGAAUGGGGCAUACGGUUGUCGUGUUGUCGGAUGGAUCGGUGUAUGGAUGGGGUGCGGCGAGGAAGGGUCAGCUAGGGGAGGCGGCGAAGGGGCAGAAGAUUGUUUGGGAGCCGGUCAAGGUUGAGGGGGUGCCGUUUCGAGCGACGGGUGCUGUUUGUGGGCGCGAGUUUACUGUUGUUACGGGUGAUAGGAGCAAGGGGGAGUUUGUGAUUUUGGGGUCCGCGGAUAAUAGGUGGAAUGUCUUGUCUGGUGCUCCUCCUGCCUUGGGGGCGUAUCGUGGUAUUUGGGCUAGCUGGCAUGGUGUUUAUGUACAGCGGGAUGAGGGUGUUUUGGCUUGGGGGCGCAAUGACCGUGGUCAGCUUCCGCCGGCGGAUUUGCCGGUUGUGAGAGAGUUGGCAGUGGGAAGCGAGCAUGCUCUUGCUUUGCUUGGUGAUGGGAUGGUUGUGGCGUUUGGUUGGGGCGAGCAUGGGAAUUGUGGGCCUGCUGCGGAUGAACAGGGGAAUGUGAAGGGCAAGUGUGGUUUGAUUCCUCUUCCUACAGAAGGGGAGUCCCAUGUUGUUGGUGUUGGGGCGGGUUGCGCGACUAGCUGGGUUGUCAUGUCGUGA